AUGGGGUCGCGACACCUGUCAGUCGGCGACAUGCUGAUGCUGUCUCAGUCGGCAUGGAAGAUUGGACAAGCCUUCAGAUGUGGCAACAAGAACGCUCCAGCGAUAUUCACAGAGGUCGAACGAGAAGCGAACGCCCUGAGCGAUGUUUUGAACCUCAUCGCGAGAACGCUGCAUGACGAUCAAGGCAAUGUGCUCGCACUUGCAGGUGAUGAGACAAAGUCUGCCAUCGAUGAGAUACUCGACUAUGCUCGAGACACGCUGGCCCAUUUGAUGGUCGUUGUGGACACCUACCAGGUCGUCACAAAGACCGCAACUAGUGCUGGUGGGUUCACUGUUGAGAGAAAGUGGCGAGCAGUCGUUACUUCGCACUUCGACGAUAUGGUGUGGACAGCCGACGGAGGCAAUAUCGACGAUCUUCUGGAUGUGAUGCAGAUGCACACCGAUGCAAUUCGAAGAAUGACGCAUGCUGUGCAGUCGCGAUCUCCCAUCAGACUGGACAAUGUCGUACUACCCAUGGUCGAGAACGUUCGCAGAAUGCACAAAACGCCCACAGGGAGGCAGAGCCGAAAGUCGCAGCCCAGUAAAGAUACAAAGGUGUCACUUGCGAUCAAACCUCCGAUUCCGGCACCAAAGGAUUUUGCUACCAGCCCGAAGAAGAUUGAUGUUACUCCAUUCACGCUUCCUCAAUCACCACAGUCGCCUCCCAAGUCACCACUUCGCCUUUUCCCUAAGCUGUCGCCACCGGCUGAAGCCGAUAUCAAGCUCCCAGCAACCACCUUCGUAUCCAAUAAGUCUCCAAGCCAAGGUCACAAGGCAAAGCGGAGUGCAAACAUUUGGGAGCAGUCCUCAAAGAACCCUGUCGAUGAUGAGAACUUGGGCCACCAACGCAAUGAGAAGACGUCAGCGGAUAAUCGCCCCGACUCAGGACUAUGUCAACCCUCGCCAAAGGCAUCGCGGAACGAAAGUGUGGUUGCUCCCACACAUCAUCGCUCUCGGCGUACAGUCCUCGCUAGACCCGAGUCCGAAACACUUCCAAGUCCUUGCAACAGCGAUUACGGGCAGAUCGUUGUAUCGCAGCCGACUCCGAGGGCGACGGAGAAACAGAACUUUCUGAGACAGCUAUGCCGGAACGCGAUGAUCCUCUGCGAUGUAGGGUGCAGACUGGUCGAGGUAGCCCGAGAUAAUGACACCGCUGACCCACGUCACAAUCUCGAUCGGCUCGCAGCAUGUCAGCAAAGCCGACUAUGCGUUAUCCGCAAGCGAGAGAAUCGCGAGCCUGGGCCCGCGAGAAUGAUCACAUCUAUCUGGUGCAUCUCGGAGGACGAACAGACUCGACUUCAGCAGGAGCUUUCUGAGUCCGAAGACACCGUUCCUUACUGCUCGUACUCCGAGCCGGAGAAAGUCUCGAUUCGACCCGCAAGCUCUCGAGUCCAUCUGAGAUACCACGACGAGACGUGGGGCGCUCCCUUGACCUCAGUGAAGAAUACGAAGUGGGUCAAUUACUACUUCCACAGCGAAAGCGAUGCCAUGGCUUUUCAAUCCGCCGUCUUUGGUCGGACACUUAUCGGCAGCUAUCGAACCACCAAGACGACCGUCGCUCACGCAGGUUUCAAAGGUGCGUUUUCAUUCGAAGAGCAAUUCUCUGCAAUGGAAGUGCUCCGGCUUUGGGAGGACGACGGCGUGUCGACCCCUGGUGCCUCGGGCGGCAUCUUUGCAUUGAUGCACACGCGUACGAACUUUGGCGACGGCAAUUGGGCGAAAUGGUGGAUCAACAGUAGCAGGGAGCCGAUCAAGGUCAAGGACGACGGAGCGAGACAUGCCAAGGUCAAAGAAAUCAAUGUGUCAGUCCCGAAGACCGGCAGUGCGCCCAGGAGGAUGAGGACUUUGCCGGAUGGCCAGUCUUUUCUCGAAUUGGCUUCGCCGGCGAGCUCGGUGUCAGGAGUCAGGAUUGAAUUCAAGAAUGAAGAGGAGAGGACGAGGUUUGUGAGUGCGGCAAAGAGAGCACAGGAGAGGUCGUUGAAUCUGCCCGAUUUGACUUGGUAG